AGCGGCAAGUUUGGAUAGAGCGUUACUGAGGCUUGUUGGACGGAAGCGACAAAAAGUGUUAUUAACCUUAAAGGGUUAUAGCAGGGCUAACAUUAGAAGCACCACAGAUUGAAACUGACUGAAAAAAAUGUGAUAGCAAUAUUUAAAGCUAUUUGAAUUUGAACAUCAUUGUGAAAUGUUAUGAAUAGAUGAAGAAGCUUCAUAAUUCAUUCACAGAGUCUUUAUGGGGAAAUUCCUGGCUGAACGCAUCUGCCAGGACAAAGUAAAAGAAUCGAAACCCGAGAUAAAAAAGAAUUGUCGGAUGGUCGUGGACAGUUACUCAGUACCGGCGUGCGGUAAUCAGUAACAUUAAUAAAGUUAAAAAGAUGUAUUUCUCAGGCUGAUAAGAUGAAAUGACAAAAUAGUUUUCAUGAGCAUGUUGCAGAAGUUCCUAACUUUCGAUGGAUGUACCUGACAUCAACAUUGUUGAUGUCAAGUUGAGCCACUCGCAAUACAGAUUUUUUCGACGUUAUCUUCCUAGCUACUGUAUUAUGUUGUCAUAAUGGCGAUUGAAAUCUCUAAUGUACUUCUCAUCUUUUCAGCAGCUUGGUCUACAAAUUGAGUGAUUCUAUGUUAUCCAUGAUAUUGUAGUAUUAUAAAUUUAACCCCACGAAUGUGAGAGCACAAGAACGUCACUUAUUGCGUUGGAUGUGAUUUUUAGACUUCGUUGAUCCUUAUUAGUCGGUCAAAGUUUCUUAGAUAAUCGUCUUGAGGUUACCGUUCUCUGCCUUUACCUGUUGUCCUUUAAAUUCUGUGUGGUUUCCAAGACUUCUCUUAAGAUUCCUGUGGAUUAUGUGUUAUUUAUUGCAGAGUUUUUUUUAAAGAUUUGCUGAGGAAAUCUAGCUGGUGUGAGACCGAUCCUGUAGUAUAGACAAUUGUCUAAAACUACGUGAUCUCUGGUGUAUUUUGUUAAAUUUCAGCAUUUUAAAAACCCCCCGAGUUUUGGUAAUCACUUGGGGUAUGCUUUUGAACUUGCCAUUCGAUGGAGGAAUAUUUAGUUUUUUGAAGUUAAGUAACCGAGAUGUUAUGUAAUGGAUACAAGGAAAUUAGGUUAGAGGAGGAAAAAUAUCUGUAAGGGGGUGCACAAAUAAAUGAUCAACACAGGUAUUUUAGUAAUGUGUUGUACGUUCAAAUUAUAGUGUAACGUGUCGGAAUAAACUUCAAUAGUGGUUAUUUUAAACCUCACAUCCACUUUUCCAUCCAAAUAACUCAUCAUGUUGGAGAUGGAAAGUAACAUGUUAAAAGUAGACUAAUGACAUCAAGAUUAGUAUUGUGAUCGCAAAACUCUCAAGUCUCUGGAUUGUUCUGUUAUACUUGCAGUUGGAUUGUUGGGGAAUUUUUCGUGCUUCUCGGUGUUAUAAGGAAUUCGGUGGACCUUAGGAGCUGGAGUUGUGGAGCUGUUCACUACAGUUUUCUGGUCUCUCACCGAGAGUUGUUAUCUUGUUUUUAAAAAACAAUAAAUGCUAAUGACAUGACAAGUGCUAAAUUUUUAUAUUUUAGCUUCUUGUGGUGUUGAUUUCAUGUAAGUUAUUUUAAAAUAGAUAGGUUUAGGUAAUAUACGAGCUGCUCAGCAGCAGCUCAUUUAAUGAUUCUUCGCAUAUGAAACUAAAUGAUAAAAUAGUUGGGAACCAACUUAUACAUCAGGUAGCAAAUAAACUUCAUCAUAUGUUCGGUUGCUCUCAUUUAUGUUCAUACUGAAUGUUUAAUUAAGCAGAUAUGCACGUAUCAUAUUUCACGAGAUCUAAUUUGUUACGAUUUCUUUUUAUAGAAGUAUAAAAAUUGACAUUCAGCUGAGUAAAGAUUCUGGCAAUGAACACGAAUUACCCUCCUUCUCGUCUUCAAGUAUCUAGUUUAUCGUGUAAAAAUAAGUGUGGAUUCUAUGGAAAUCCCUCCUGGGAUGGUUACUGUUCCGUUUGUUACCGUAACGCCCAUCAAAGACAAACUGCUGUCCGUCAGACUUCUUCUAGUGCGACGACGUUUUCUCAAAUCUCAGAUACAGAUGUUAAACGCAAACAAAGCACUGGGAAAAACUCGACUAUCAAAAACAUAUUCAAGGUUCCUCGAGAUGAUAAUCGAGAUCAAAACUCAACGAACCCAGAAGAGUGUUUGCUAGCUGAGAAAGAGUUUAAGACUUUUCUAAAUACUCUUCGAGCUUCUGUAAACGCAGAUAUUUCUCGUCAUGUUUCAAAGCUUUUGGAACAAUUGGAGCCUAUUCGGGGCUCAAAUAUUAAUCAAGCGUCAUUGAUCGUACAAGACUUCUACAUCAAUAUUUCAAACCGUAUUUCUAACAAUCCUAUGUAUUCAAAUUUAUCACCCCAAACCAGAGAGUCUGUGCUAAACUCAGUGGAGCGUUUUGUCACAACUUGGAUUUAUUUUUGGGCAUUUGCCUCACCUACCACAGAUGAUGAAAAUGUGGACCUGAAAUUACAAGAAAAAAUUCGAUCAUUACAUUGGGUAACUCCUUAUUUGCUUGAUUCACCAAUAAACCCCUAUUCACCGGAGGAACUGACUCAUUUGGAUUUAGCUACAUUCGCUCUUAUCAAAGUGAAUACACUACUAGCAUCUGAGGACAAAUUGGGUCAAAUAGUUCAAUGCUGUCGUAGUGUGUUUGAUGCUUUAAAAGUACACUACCGAAAUUAUGCCGUUAAAACGCAGCAAUAUUUGUGUAGCAAUGGCUUCACGAAUGAUGGUAAUAAUGAUGAUAGUAGAUUAACAUUGAAUUCUACACCGAUUGAAAAUGUGAAUAGCUCAACUGCACAAAAUCCUAUCAAUCCUUUGAAUAAUAUUGCAGAAGAAGAUAAUGCAGCUAAUGCUGACGAUUUUCUGCCUACAUUAAUUUGGGUUGUUCUGAAUGCAAAUCCACCUUUAAUAUUUUCUAAUUUACAAUUUAUCAUGAGAUUUGCCAAUCAGAAUAGACUUAACAGCGGCGAAGCUGGUUAUUUCUUUACAAAUCUGUCGUGCGCCGUGCAUUUUUUGAGAAAUCUUACACAUGAAUCACUAAGUUUAUCAGAAGAAGACUUUAGCAGGUGUAUGCGAAAAGGUUUAGCACUGGUGAAGCGUUCCGGUGAACCAUUAUCAGAAAGUGAAAAGUUACUUACAGACAAUGAAAUUCGUCUAGUGGAUUUAGAAGAUAGCUUAACCGAUUUGAAUAACAAAAUAGAAUCAGCUGAAUUGGAAAUGAAGAAAUUUCAUGAAUGCUUUCAAUAUGAAAUUAAACAAAUACGAACAAAUAUCCCGUUGAAAGUACGCGUAGAUGAUUUAGAUCCACGUCAUUUAGAAAAUCCACAUAUCCUUUUGCUUGGCCCACAAUGUAAGCCUAAUCGACAAAAUGAAUCAUUGUUAGAUGCUGAUUUAGAGGAAACUACAAGCCGUCUGUUACCUGAUCCUCUUCUCCCGGCUCCGUAUACUGAUCUUUCCAGAAAAGCUGUUUAAACCAUAUGCGUGCAUAUAUGUAUAUAUCUAUUCAUAUAAAGAUUAAUGUUCUAUAAUAUUUUCGCCAUUCAAAUAAGGCUUGUGAAUAAUCUUACUUUCUGUGUAAUUAUUUUGAUUGACUAUAAUUCUUUUCUUACAUUUAGUGGGAUAUAUAUGCAUGUAGCCAGUUAAUAAAUUGUCUUAUAUUUGUCUCUUCUUAAAAUCUCCCUUCACUCUUGGAAGCUGUACUAUGCUUCAAGAAUGACGUAAUACCCCUUUCAGUUACGACAGUCUACUGAAAGAGAACUGUAUAUUUUAUGUCAUGUUAAAACACAGACGAUGUGGAUAUGUGAUCAAAAUGAUAUCAGUCCAGAUUGUC